AUGAUAUUGAGUCCGUGGACUGCAAUCAAGACAGGAAAGCGGAAACGGCCAGGACGUGCCGCUCAAGCCUGCGAUGCGUGCUUCGCAAGAAAGAUCCAAUGCGACCUCCAGAAACCCAGAUGCAACUGGUGCGAUCAUCGCAAGCAACCCUGCACAUUUCGCAGAGUGUCCAGUAAACGAAGGGAACAAGAGAACGACCGCGGCUCCGCCCCUUUGCGGGCUUCCGUGCCGCGCAGAUUAGCUUCCUCCUCGACCGCCCCUCCACCCGUUCAGAUUCAGGCCCAGGCUCUAAAUGUUGAAGUCUUUCCCCUUGGACUUCAUCAGCAAUUGACGGAGCGGUGCCUCGGAAACAUCUGCGCUUUCAACGGAAAGCCUGCCUUGUCUCAAAGCAGUCGCGAUUGGCUCAAAUCCUGUACGGGGCGAAAUUCUUGUCUCGACCGUCUGCUGCUGGGUGUCCAGGGAAGGCAACCGUGUCUGGUGUCAAAGAAGAAAGACCCGCUCAGGCCCGACCUGCCCGAUCUGAGGCUUCUGCGGGAAGAAUUGGAACAAUACCAUUCUCUCGCGUAUGGAAUCAUCUUCCCUAUCUUGGAUCCCAGCCUCUGGCAGAGUACUAUUGAUGCAGCAUACUAUGGAAAGGCAUCACCAGGUUCCCCCGUGGCGAUCGCUGCCAGGGCCUGCCUCUUAGCAUUUCAUGGGCUGGCGACGCUGGUUAUUCCGCAACAUCCAACCCCUUCCUCCCCCGAGACCUCCCCUUGGUCGACGACUGACUAUUUCCACGAGGCCUACAGUCUACUCCCUGAGGUACUCAAUGAAAUGGUUACCCUGGACGGGUUGCAAGCGAUUUUGUUACUAGGAUUGGCAGGUGAUAUCUACACCGUGGACUACCUUCUAUCCCUUGCGGUACGCUUUGUCUUUCACCUGAAAGGACAACUCGCGCCGGCGACGGUGUGGGAAAUUCCCUCUGCCCUGCACUAUCACGCACGGCACCUGUUCUGGAUCACCUACGUCUGCGACAAGGGCUUCAGCUUAGUGUCGGGGCUAGUUCCACGUAUGGAGGAGUCCCAUUGCGAUCUCGAAAUGUCGCACAGCCGACCAUCCGGGGGGGGACGAUUCCAGGCCGAGGAUGAAUCGAAGAUGUCUCACCUCCACGGGGAUCCCAUCAUUGGCUCCUACCUCGAGCGCUAUGUGACUUUGGCUACGGUUCAGUCGCGCAUAUACCGCGAUCUGUACAACCCGGCAGCGCUGCGAUUGUCCGAUGCAGAGUUGCUUGAAAGGAUCCGCACGCUGGACUGUGCGCUCGAAGACUGGCGACAGUCCCUGCCACGCCGCAACCGGCCCUCCCUGGUGGUGACUACACCGAUUUCCGGGGCGACGCGAUCCCGUCUGGCCGAAUCGGUGGACAUGCGGACCUCGGUCUUUCACCUGCAGUAUCACUACUCUAUAAUAAUGAUUCACCAGGCCAGCAGCCGAUGCCCCGUGUGGAAUCAGAACCAAGGGGCUGAUGGAAGGGGGGGGUCCAGCCUGGAGAUAUCCGUCGCUGCCAGUCGGGCCCUUUUGGGGAGCUUUCUCUAUUCUUCCUUUGAACUUGAUUCGCGAAAUUUGAUAUUCACACUGUCCUAUUUCGUCCAAGCAAGUGUCGUGAUAUUCUGCCACAUUCUAUCGUACUUCGCCAACGCCCUGGCUCCAAACUCUCAGAAUGAUAACCUCAGGCUUCUGGAAGACAUCUCGGCGCUCCUGCUGCGAUGUGUCCGCACCAGCGAUCCAGUUUGCUAUACCACCAAGAUCAAAUUCGCAGGAGAGUUGAUUGGGGAGCUGCCGCGCUUGGUGCACUGUGCUAUUGCUGAAGCUCCUAGCAGUGCCACGGCGCAUGGAAGUAGCGUAACUUAG